GAGAAGGGCAGGAUAUUGCCAGGGUCUUGGAAUGGGGCGCCAGAUCUGGCGGAACAAGGUACUUCACUUUGCCCUAUACCAAGAUGGCAGCACGGUGGUGGUAGCCAUCUAAGUAAGGAUAGGAAGCCACUGAGUUAGCUUCCGCCCUUCACCAAGGUGGAGGAGGCCGUUCCGUUCUUUCCGGCUGGCCCACUUCCUCCGUACACGCAUGCGUUAUCACGGGACAAGUUUCACCGUAGCUGUAGCUGCCGUCCGGGUAAAAGAAAGGGGCGGAGAAAGGGCGGAACUUCCUCUUCUCGCGGGAGCGGGGAGCGCGGGAGUGCCACGUCCGUCCGUGGAAACCCGGGAGAGAGAAGACUCCGGAGCCGAUAAUCGAGAUGGCCCACAGAUCCCCAGGGGCCAGAUGCUGGGCAGCUGUGGGGUUGGUGACUUGGGUUGCCCUAGAGCUGCUGGUAUCUGGACUUGGGGGCCAUGCAGACUUGCAUGAAGAUAUGCAUGAAGAUUUCCACCAUCCUGGCCAUGGGCACUCACACAAGGAUUUCCACCAUCAUGACCAUGGGCAUUCACAUGAGGAUUUCCACCAUCCUGGCCAUGGGCACUCCCAUGAAGAUUUCCAACAUCAUGGCCAUGGACAUUUGCACAAAGAAUUCCACCAUCAUGGUCAUGGGCACUCUCAUGAAGAAUUCCAGCAUCAUGGCCAUGGACACUUGCAUGAUGAUUUCCAUCAUGGUCACAGCCAUGCACCAGGACAUCAUGGCCACACACAUGAGAGCUUUUAUUAUGACUCCGAUCCCUUGCACAAUAGACAUUCACAUGAAGGAAAUGAACACAGCCACAGAGGUCACACUCAUGACCAUGGACACAGCCACACUCAUGAAUAUGGACAAAGCCCCAAAGCUAUUGGGGAUUCUGAAGUUCUAGGCAGCGGGCAGGACUUGGAUACUAUCAGCCUUUGGGCAUAUGCUCUGGGGGCAACAGUGCUGAUCUCAGCAGCUCCAUUUUUCAUCCUCUUCCUUGUGCCUGUGGAAUCCAAUUCCCCACAGCACCGCUCACUCCUGCAAAUCCUGCUCAGCUUUGCCUCUGGGGGACUUCUGGGGGAUGCCUUCCUGCAUCUCAUACCUCAUGCCCUGGAACCUCAUUCUCAUCAUGGGGAUGUGGAACUUCAACCUGAGGAAAGGCCAGGACAUGGACACUCCCAUAGCCACCAGGGCCCUGUUCUCUCUGUUGGGCUCUGGGUUCUCGGUGGAAUUGUUGCCUUUCUUGUGGUGGAGAAGUUUGUGACACAUGUGAAGGGAGGACAUGGACAUGCACAUGGACAUGGACAUGGACAGGAACAUAGGCAAUGUGAAUCCUCAAAGGAAAAACAGAGCUCAGAUGAGGAAGAGAAGGAGAAAGAGAUUGGAGGGGCAAGGAGGAGAAGGGGAGCAGGCAGAGAACUCAAUGAUGGUCCAGUGAAACAGCUUAAAUCUGAAGAGGAGAAAGGGAGUUCAGACUUGCGUGUGUCUGGAUACCUGAACCUAGCUGCUGACCUGGCUCACAACUUCACAGAUGGUCUAGCAAUUGGGGCCUCUUUCCGAGGGGGCCGAGGACUAGGGAUCUUGACCACACUAACUGUCCUGCUACAUGAGGUGCCCCAUGAAGUUGGGGAUUUCGCCAUCCUUGUCCAAUCUGGCUGCAGCAAGAGGCAGGCGAUGCGUCUUCAACUGCUGACAGCACUGGGGGCCCUAGCAGGCACAACCUGUGCACUCUUGGCUGAAGGAGGAUCCCAGGGAAACAGUGCUGCUGGUGGUAGUGGCCCGGGUUGGGUCCUCCCUUUUACAGCUGGUGGUUUCAUCUAUGUGGCAACUGUGUCUGUAUUGCCUGAGCUACUGAGAGAGGCUUCUCCCCUGCAGUCCUUGCUGGAGGUUCUAGGGCUGUUGGGUGGAGUUGCUAUGAUGGUGCUGAUUGCCUACCUCGAAUGAGAGGUGGGAGACCCCUCCCCCUAAACCCUGGAGGGUAGUGUGACUUGAAUGGGGGACACUAGCCAAAGGGAGGAGAAGCCAAGUACCAGAAAGGUUACAGUCUAGAGGGGCAGCGAACUUGGGCUGGCCCAAUAGACCAGAAGGUCUCUCCCUGGAGCAGUAGACUUGAGAAUGAGAAGCUAGAAUGGCCUUAGUAUUGAGAAUUGACUGACAGUGGACUUGGGUUUGAGGUGGCGUGGCUAAAUAUGUGGCCAUGGAGGAAGGGCCAGCUCCAAGAAGGAAGGAAGAGGGAGCUACAGAAUAGCGACUCCUGUCACCUCUGUCCCCGAAUACCUGUUCUCCAGGGACCAAGCUGCCCCCAGCUGCUCCUCCCAUCUCUCCUGAGGAGGGCGUGCCUUUCUCAAAGGCCUGAGCCCUGGACCAAGGGGGUGGAGGGAAGGGGUCAGGAUUAAGGUCAAUCGUGUAUAGUGAUUCGGGUGGGGGGAGGGAAGU